GAGCGGGGAGCCGUUAGGCCGUUGCACAGGCGGGUUGGAUGCGCUCACAGCAUGGUAGAUCUGACAAUCAUCUGCUAGGCUGUUCAAAGCGGGGCUUGACAGUACCACCACAGCGGCUCAUUUAUAACCCAGCUGUGCGUUUCUUCGAGAGCCAGGUGUAAAACAGCGUCUCGUUGACUGCAGCGCAGACAUGGCCGACAAGACGCCGCAGAAGUCCGACGCCCCGUUCGCCACACGGAUAGACCCGACCAAGGAGGCUCUGUCCCCGGAGCAGCUGCACUUCAUCAGGCAGGUGGAGCUGGAGCAGUGGAAGAAGAAAACACAGAAGCUCAGGACGCGGAAUGUAGCGACGGGGCUGGCUAUCGGAGCACUUGUGAUGGGUAUUUAUGGCUACACAUUUUACUCGGUGUCUCAGGAGCGAAUCAUGGAUGAGCUAGACGAGGAGGCCAAGCUUGCGAGGACGCAGGGCCCGAAGACUGGUGCCAACUGAGAUGCAUGUGAUCUGCUGGAUCGCGUGAUGGUGUUUCUCCUGGAACCUCUUGCACUUACAACGAGAGGAGGGACUUGCGAGGACACUGCAGCCACUCCGUCAUGUUUCAUGCUGGCCGCUGUGUCCCAUGUUGUGAGGCAGCACUGGACUUUGUCUUGUCUUGAUUGUAAAGGGUAAUUGUGUUGUUCUGUUGCUAAUAUAAAAGUGUCUCGAUUGUGGCUGACCUCACCUGCCAGUAGAAAGGACUGACCCACAAGCCUCAAUAUGACCUCUUUCAGAUACAAGCAGCAUUUUUAUAAGAUGAAGAAGCUCAGAGGCCCCAGACUGUAGAGUAAUCAGUCAUGAUAAUUCCUAGGGCAUCCUGAUCUGAUGUACACCAUGUGAAUAUGCUAAAUCACAGUCAGCCAUUAAUAUUGAAUCUACAGUGGCCUUGAACACAAGGAAUUGCCGGUGACACUGCUUGGAUGACACACACACAUAAACCAAUUAAAGAUAUUUAUGUCAAUGAAGUGAUAGUGUGUCUAAAAAUGUAUAAUGUCUUCUUUUUAUUAUAUAAUGAUGUCCCUGUGUGGAAUGCAAUGCCUUUUGCAAGAAUUAGAAACCGACCGAGGCAGUGAAGACAAUAAAAAAUCAGUGUAAUUACAAUUGCAUUUAUUAAUUUUGUCAAAAUAUGAUUUAUGCAGCCUGAUCUAGCCACCAAAUCUUGAGAGUAAAAAUAUAAAAUAAGACAUAGCAAGAGAAAGGCACAGAUUUCAGCAUGGCAGGACAGCAGCUUCAGAAAGCAAUACAAUUAUAUAUUUACAUUCAAAAUUUUGACCUGUAAUUAGUUUUCUUUGAAUAUAUUAUAUACUAUGGAAAUCUCAACUGAGUUCAUCUGCCAGAAAAUUCAGUGUGUGUAAGGACUACUGUAAUGGCUAUGGGUUCACAGCUUUCACUGAUUUCUAUAUCCAGCAGUGUUUCUGUUAGUUUGAACUUGUCGGAGGGCGGAUCAUUCGUUAAAGUACAAAUAUACAUUUGAUCCAGUAAGAAAUAUGGUUAUAAAACAUAAACUGAAGAGUAUUCUCUAGCUCCCUUAUGAAAAAGAACAGCAGAAAUGCUACCCAUACAGGAAAUAUACCAGUUCUUCCUGAAGUGAACACGAGUACAGUCUUAUCCACAAAACAAAUCUGUGUAAGUGACUGAGGACUAAAGUAGAUUUUACUAAAGUGCAGAAGGUGCUUGAUCUAUGCAACAGGCAACACAUUUUUUGAUUUUGCUUGAGCAAGAAUUACUUUUACCAAAAUAUUUAGUUUUUCUCAUAACCUGUAAACAUGAACUACAAAUGCAUUCUAAUAUAUACACAUUUACAAUAAAAGGGAAAGCCAGUA